AGAAGAUUAUUGCUAGGCUACCUAGCAGGCUAGCAGCAGCUAAAUUUUAUCACGCUUAGAGUCCUGAGCAUUUAACAUGAUUCUGCAGUCUCUCAGACCGUGGCUGUUUCGUUGCAGGAGUCUGCCACUGGCUUGCACAAGACCGUACCACGCAGAUAAAGUAGCUCGACUCGGCUCGCAACCUGAUAAACAGUCAUCUGAAUAUCAGGAGAAUUAUGAACGAAUGAAAGUUCUUGUUGAUGAGCUGAAAAGCCGGACAGAAAAGAUUAAAUUGGGUGGAGGAGAAAAAGCAAGACGACUUCAUACUUCUCGUGGGAAACUGUUGCCUAGAGAGCGCAUAGACAGACUUCUGGAUCCAGGGUCUCCAUUUUUGGAAUUUUCCCAAUUUGCAGGAUAUGAGUUGUAUGGAAAUGAGGAAGUCCCAGCCGGCGGUAUAAUUACUGGAACUGGGCGGGUUUCAGGGGUGGAAUGUAUUAUUGUUGCAAAUGAUGCUACCGUCAAAGGGGGAACAUACUACCCGAUAACAGUGAAGAAGCACCUCCGUGCACAAGAAAUUGCCCAGCAGAACCACUUGCCAUGCAUUUACUUGGUGGAUUCUGGAGGAGCUAAUCUACCCAGACAAGCCGAAGUCUUUCCAGACAGAGAUCACUUCGGGCGCAUUUUCUACAACCAGGCGAGGUUGUCUUCAGAAGGAAUAGCGCAGAUUGCUGUUGUAAUGGGCUCCUGCACUGCUGGAGGAGCGUAUGUACCGGCCAUGGCAGAUGAGAGCAUCAUUGUACGGAAGCAAGGAACUAUUUUUCUUGGAGGACCUCCGCUGGUCAAAGCUGCCACUGGUGAAGAAGUUUCUGCAGAAGAUCUCGGUGGUGCUGAUCUACACUGCAAAAAGUCUGGAGUGACGGACCAUUAUGCUUUAGAUGAUAACCACGCACUCCAUUUAGCAAGAAAGGCAGUGCGAAGCCUUAACUACAGGAAAAACGUCGAGGUUACAGUAGAGCCUCCUGAAAGCCCCCUCUAUCCUGCAGAAGAACUCUAUGGCAUAGUUGGAGAAAACCUGAAGCGCAACUUUGAUGUCAGAGAGGUCAUUGCCAGAAUUGUAGAUGGCAGCAAAUUUGAUGAAUUCAAGGCAUUCUAUGGAGACACACUUGUUACAGGAUUUUCAAGAAUAUUUGGCUACCCUGUUGGAAUUAUCGGCAACAACGGCGUCCUUUUCUCAGAGUCUGCAAAAAAGGGGACGCAUUUCAUUGAAUUAUGCUGCCAACGAAACAUUCCACUUGUUUUCCUCCAAAACAUAACAGGCUUCAUGGUGGGCAGGGAGUAUGAAGCAGGAGGAAUUGCCAAGGAUGGAGCCAAGAUGGUUACUGCAGUUGCCUGUGCCAGCGUGCCCAAGAUUACUGUUAUCAUUGGCGGCUCCUACGGCGCAGGAAACUACGGCAUGUGCGGCAGAGCGUACAGCCCACGUUUCCUCUACAUGUGGCCAAAUUCCCGAAUCUCUGUAAUGGGUGGUGAGCAGGCUGCCACUGUCUUGGCUACCAUUACUAAGGAUCAGAGGGCACGUGAAGGAAAGGAGUUCACAGCAGAACAAGAGGCUGCCAUGAAGGAGCCGAUCGUGCGGCGGUUUGAGGAGGAAGGCAGUCCGUACUACUCCAGUGCUAGGCUGUGGGAUGACGGGAUUAUUGAUCCUGCUGAAACGCGUAUGGUUUUGGGUCUGAGCCUCAGUGCGGCACUCAAUGCACCAACAACGAAGACACGGUUUGGAGUUUUCCGGAUGUAAAGCUCAUUUAGUUUGUACAGAUAUAAAAAUAAGACUUACUACAGAUUUACCGUAUGUACAGUAUUCCUUGUAGUUGACCAGAUUGAGUAAAAAAUAAAUAAAUCUCACAGGAUCACUCCACCUGUGAUACCUGGGGAUGUGACUGGAUGAUGGAACUAAGUUGUGCCUUAACUGCUUUCAUUCAAGUUUAAAUUCAGAGGUUCUCUUAAAGUUGUUUCAUUUGGUGGAUCAAGUUCUGUAAAUGCAAACAAUUAAACAAAUGUGAAAACUUAAA